GGCCCCACGGGCGGCGGGGGUGUCGCUACCGGGAGCGCGGGGCGGAGGAGGAGGAGGAGGAGGAGGAGGAGGAGAGCGGCAGCAGCAGCUCUCGGGAGGAGCCUGUCCACCGUGAGACAGCAGAUUCAGCCGGCGGCGGCGGUCCUGCCGCAGCGGCGGGCGGCUCGGCUCGGCUCGGCUCGGCUCGGCUCGGCUCGGCUCGGCUCGGCUCGGCUCGGCUCGGCUCGGCUCGGCUCGGCUCGGCUCGGCAGCCCUUCAGUCAGCGGAGCAUCCCUCUGCUCCCCCGGCGGCGAGGGUCUGUGAGCGCUGCAGGGCUCCGGGAGCCGCUCCGCAUCUCCCGGCCGCCGGCGGAGCAGAGUCAAAAUGUCAGACAAAAGUGAUUUAAAAGCAGAACUUGAGCGCAAAAAACAACGUUUGGCUCAGAUAAGAGAAGAAAAGAAACGGAAGGAGGAAGAAAGGAAGAAAAAAGAGGCUGAUCUACAGCAGAAGAAGGAGCCAGCUCAGGAGGAUUCUGACCUAGACCGUAAAAGAAGAGAGACAGAAGCUUUGUUACAGAGCAUUGGUAUAUCCCCAGAACCACCUCUAGUGCAGUCGCUGCAUGUGUUAACAUGGGAUACCUGUUAUUUUCAUUAUUUAGUCCCAACCCCUAUGUCUCCCUCUUCGAAAUCAGUGAGCACACCCAGUGAUGCAGGCAGCCAGGACUCAGGGGAUCUGGGACCCAUAGGAAGGACCCUGCAAUGGGACACAGACCCCUCAGUGCUGCAACUCCAGUCUGACUCUGAACUUGGGCGCAGACUGCACAAGCUGGGGGUGUCAAAGAUCACCCAGGUGGAUUUCCUACCUCGGGAGGUGGUGUCCUACUCCAAGGAGACACAGACACCUCUGGCCACACAUCAGUCUGAAGAGGAUGAAGAUGACGAAGAGAUGGUGGAGCCAAAAACACAGGAUGACUUAGAGACAGAAAAUCAAGACCAGAAGCAGGAAGUGAAAGAAGCUCCUCCUAGAGAACUGACAGAAGAAGAAAAGCAACAAGUUCUCCAUUCAGAAGAAUUCCUGAUAUUUUUUGACCGCACAAUACGUGUAAUUGAGCGAGCCUUGGCUGAAGAUUCUGACAUCUUCUUUGACUAUAGUGGCAGAGAUGUAGAAGAGAAAGAUGGAGACGUUCAAGCGGGAGCCAACCUUUCCUUCAACCGGCAGUUUUAUGAUGAGCACUGGUCAAAGCAUCGUGUGGUCACCUGCAUGGAUUGGUCUCUUCAGUACCCCGAACUGAUGGUUGCAUCUUAUAACAAUAAUGAAGAUGCUCCACAUGAGCCUGAUGGGGUAGCCUUGGUGUGGAACAUGAAGUUCAAGAAAACCACACCAGAAUAUGUGUUCCACUGUCAGUCCUCCGUGAUGUCAGUCUGUUUUGCUCGCUUUCACCCAAACCUGGUGGUCGGUGGAACAUACUCUGGCCAAAUUGUCUUGUGGGAUAACCGCAGUCACAGGCGCACUCCAGUUCAGAGAACUCCCUUGUCUGCUGCUGCUCACACGCAUCCUGUGUAUUGUGUGAAUGUAGUUGGAACACAGAAUGCACACAAUCUUAUUACUGUCUCUACGGAUGGCAAAAUGUGCUCCUGGAGCCUGGACAUGCUCUCAACUCCACAGGAGAGCAUGGAGCUGGUAUACAAUAAGUCCAAACCAGUGGCAGUCACAGGAAUGGCUUUCCCAACUGGAGAUGUCAAUAACUUUGUCGUGGGCAGUGAAGAGGGAACAGUCUACACAGCCUGUCGUCAUGGAAGUAAAGCUGGCAUUGGUGAAAUUUUUGAAGGCCACCAAGGACCUGUCACAGGAAUCAAUUGUCACAUGGCAGUGGGUCCAAUAGACUUUUCCCAUCUCUUUGUCACAUCAUCAUUUGACUGGACAGUAAAAUUGUGGACCACAAAGCACAACAAGCCGCUCUACUCCUUUGAAGACAAUGCCGACUAUGUCUACGAUGUCAUGUGGUCGCCAGUGCAUCCCGCGCUCUUCGCCUGCGUGGACGGGAUGGGGCGCCUGGAUCUGUGGAACCUGAAUAACGACACCGAGGUUCCCACAGCCAGUGUCACCAUAGAAGGAGCGUCUGCCCUCAACCGUGUCCGCUGGGCCCAGGCUGGGAAGGAGGUAGCAGUUGGUGAUUCAGAAGGCCGCAUAUGGGUCUAUGAUGUUGGAGAGCUGGCUGUUCCCCACAACGACGAGUGGACGCGCUUCGCCCGGACCUUGGUGGAGAUCCGCGCCAACCGAGCCGACAGCGAGGAGGAGGGGGCGGUGGAGCUCUCGGCAUAGAGGGAGAGGAGCAGCGCCAGAACAGCAGCUUCCCCCGCCGAGCACGCCACUGCUCCGUGUCAGUCAGUCUUGCUGUGGCUUUUGAUGCCAGUGUACAUGCCAGUAUUGCUCAAAGCAUUCCAUAUUAAUCACACUGCUUUACACAAGGCUGAAAAUAUCCAGAGCAUUUUCAUACUUUAUAUUUCUGUCUGAAAAGCAAGAAAGAAAAGACAAAUCAACCCUUUAUGGGUUUAGUUGUUGCCUUUUAACUACUUAGUAGCUGUAUUUAAUAGCUAGGAACCCCUGGUUAAACUUGUGCUCACAUUGCCCUUCUGGCAUAGUCCUAUUAAAUCCAUAUGAAGCCAGAUAUGAUUAUGUGCAGAUGUGGUGUGCUUCACUGUAUGGGACUGGGCCAAAGACUUUAGAUGUGGUGUAUCACAUGGUGACUUACAUUAUGAAUGGAUGUACUAUACGAAAGUUGCUGCUCCUUAUUUAUUGCGGUGUGCUGCAUGGAACAUAUUUAUUUGAAAGCAUUAAAAUAAACGAUCCUAAAGCAUGUGCAUAACGAGAGAACUGCAUUGUCUGUGUGCUGCUGUAGAGGUUACAUUAAAGUCCACGUAACAAUUACAGUACAUCAGUUGUGCUUAAGAUGUAAGAUCUAUAAAGGUUGGCUUGAGUGGAUGGAAUGAGUUCCCUUUCCUUUUUUUUAAGAUGCCUAUUAUUUCUAGGCACUUUAACUAUAUUUCAGAUACAGUUGAUCGCUGAUACUUGUCAUGCAAGUUAACACUAACAGUCUGACAAAGAGUGGUGGUUCCCAAGUAUGACACCAGUAUUGGCAAUAAAAUGUAUCAGGCCUG